ACUCUCUAAGGACAGAAGCGAAACCAGACAUCGCAGUGAUGUUGGAGGCCCUGAGCUUCCUGGCGUCGACCCUCUGGGCCGCGCUCCGUCCUGGCACCGUCCUGCUGGGGACACUCGCCUUUCUCUUCUUUGUUGAUUUCAUCAAAAGGCGGCAUCCAAAGAACUACCCGCCGGGGCCCCACAGCCUGCCCUUCGUAGGCAAUUUGUUCCAGCUGGACCCUGAGAAGGCGCAUCUGACCAUUCAGCAGUUUGUGAAGAAAUAUGGGAAUGUUUUUAGCUUGGAUUUUGGUACAUUUCCUUCUGUUCUUGUAACUGGAUUACCCUUAAUUAAAGAAGCACUUGUCCACCAAGGCCAAAACUUUUCCAACCGCCCCGUAAUGCCUCUCCAAGAGCAUAUCUUCAACAAUAAAGGCUUGAUCAUGUCCAGUGGUCACAUAUGGAAGGAACAAAGAAGGUUUGCCCUGACAACUCUUAGGAACUUUGGUUUAGGAAAGAAGAGCUUAGAGGAACGCAUUCAGGAGGAGGCCUCCUACCUCAUCCAGACGAUAAGAGAGGAGAAUGGAAAGCCUUUUGACCCUCACUUCACAAUCAACAAUGCCGUUUCCAAUAUUAUUUGCUCCAUCACCUUCGGGGAGCGGUUUGAUUACCAGGAUGAUCAGUUCCAGGAGCUGCUGAGGCUGCUGGACGAGGUCUUAAAUCUGCACACAUCAGUGUGCUGCCAGCUCUACAAUGUCUUUCCAAGGAUAAUGAAUUUCCUUCCGGGUCCCCACCAAACCCUCUUUAGUAAUUUGGAGAAACUUAAAAUGUUUGUUGCCAAAAUGAUUGAAAACCACAAGAGAGACCGGAAUCCUGCUGAAGCAAGAGACUUCAUUGAUGCUUAUCUCCAGGAAAUAGAAAAGCAUAAGGGCGAUGCUGCUUCAAAUUUCUGUGAAGAAAACCUCAUCUACAACACCCUGGACCUCUUCUUGGCUGGAACAGAGACAACUUCAACCACCCUGCGCUGGGGGCUGCUCUACAUGGCCCUGAACCCCGAAAUCCAAGAAAAAGUCCAAGCUGAGAUUGACAGGGUGCUCGGCCAAUCGCAACAGCCAAGCACAGCCGCGCGAGAGUCCAUGCCCUACACCAACGCUGUCAUCCACGAGGUGCUGCGAAUGGGGAACAUCAUCCCUCUGAACGUGCCCCGGGAGGUGGCAGUGGACACCACCCUGGCCGGAUACCACCUGCCCAAGGGCACCGUGGUCGUGACCAACCUGACUGCACUGCACAGGGACCCCACAGAGUGGGCCACCCCUGACACCUUCAAUCCAGAGCAUUUCUUGGAAAAUGGACAGUUUAAGAAAAGGGAAUCCUUUCUGCCUUUUUCAAUAG